AUGACGUGGCAGAGGUUGGUGCUGGCUGCCUGCAUGCUGGUGCUGCCCCCUGCCACAGCAGAAUGCCUGGCCCCAUGCUCCUUGUGUGCUGUGAAGACCCAGGAUGGGCCCAACCCUGUCAAUCCCCUGAUCUGUGCCCUGGAAUGCCAGGAAACCCUGAUGCCCUCUGAGGAGUGGGAGCGAUGCCAGGGCAUCCUGUCCUUCUUCACCCCUUCUGCCCUGAGCCUCAGGGGCCCAAAUGGCCUGAACAGCAGGGUAGCUUUGGAAGAGGCCUAUGGGGAGCUGGCCAAGCGUGCCAGGCCCUUCCUGCAGGAGCUGGAGAAAAGCGGACUCCUCUCUAGCUCCCCCACAAAGGACAAGCUCAGGGGUCUCCCUGGUAGGCUCAGGGAGGGCAUGGAGCCCGAGGCAAUGGGGGCUUCCCAGCUGAUUAGUGGUACACUUGAUUUCAAUGAGGGCCUCAAGGAGCAAGUCAAACGCUAUGGGGGUUUUCUGAGAAAAUAUCCCAAGAGGAGCUCAGAAGUGGCCGGGGAUGGGGAUGGGGAUGGGGAAAGUGUGGGCCAUGAAGACCUGUACAAACGCUACGGGGGCUUCUUGCGGCGCAUCCGUCCCAAGCUCAAGUGGGACAACCAGAAGCGCUAUGGCGGUUUUCUCAGGCGCCAGUUCAAGGUGGUGACGCGGUCAGAGGAAGACCCCAAUGCCUACUCCGAAGAGCUUUUUGAUGUUUAA